GGUUGUGAGACGUCGGCAACUUCCGGUCGUGCCCCCAGACCGCCUGUGAUGACCUCAUAUAAAUGGCGCAUGGCUUUUGUAAUCUGCAGGAAAACAAACAUUUGAGAAGGUACUAGAGCGAAAGGAACGAAUACAGUUUCCCCAAAUCUGCAUUUACAGGAGCCAGGGGAGACUGACAUGGCAGAGAUGGAGGAGGACAUCGGGGAUCCGCCGGCCGGAGAGAAUGACAAUGACUCAGACAGAGAUGAAGAUGACAGACCCUUUGCUUGGAUGGUGAAUGACGAUAUGGAGGAGGAGGAAGAGGAGGAGGAGGAAGAGGAGGAGGUGGAUGAGGAUGAGCAGGUCUUGGUCUCUGUAGCAUCCGACUUUGAGCUGGAUGCACCAGCUGAGCGCAGUGGACAUAUAGCAGUGGUGGAUAAAAACAUCAUGUAUGUGUGGGGCGGAUAUAAGAAUGCGCAAAACCAUGGAUUCUUUGAUUUGUACCUGCCAAGAAAUGAGAUCUGGACAUACAAUAUGGAAUCAGGAGUAUGGGCCAAGCACGUAACCGGAGGUAACCUGCAGACAUCCAUGUCUGGCAGCUGUGGGGUGUGUGUUGAUGGAGUCCUCUAUCUAUUUGGAGGCCACUACUCCAGGGGUAACACAAACCGGAUUUACCGUCUACCGCUGAGAGCUCCCAGUCUCAUCUGGGAGGAAAUGAGGGAUCUCAAAGGACUCCCUCCAUCCUCAAAAGACAAGCUAGGGUGCUGGGUUCAGAAGAACAGACUUGUGUACUUCGGUGGCUAUGGUUAUGCUCCACAUGGACCUCAGCGAGGGACUUUCGAGUAUGAUGAAACAUCUUCUUUUGUGUUUGACAGUCCUGGUCGAGGAUGGAACAAUCACAUCCAUAUCCUGGACCUGGAGACAUCGACGUGGAGCCAGCCCAUCACCACGGGGAACACCCCGUCACCCAGAGCAGCCCAUGCCUGUGCCACUGUUGGCAACAGAGGCUAUGUGUUUGGAGGAAGAUAUAAGAAUUACAGACUAAAUGAUUUGUAUUACAUUGACAUGGACAAAUGGGAGUGGCAUGAAAUGAGUGUUCCCCAGCAGGGCCCAGUAGGUCGGUCCUGGCAUUCCUUCAGUCCAGUGUCACCAGACUACAUCUUUCUAUUUGGAGGUUUUACGACGGAAAGAGAGACGCUGAGUGAUGCUUGGUUGUAUUCGGUUACUCAAAAUGAAUGGAAGCCAUUCAAACACAGCCACACAGGGAGCCCCAGGUUGUGGCACACGGCUUGCUCUGGUCCAGAUGGAGAGGUGUUUGUGUUUGGAGGGUGUGCCAACAACCUGCUGUCGCAUCAGCGAGCGGCACACAGUAAUGAGCUAUUGAUUUUCAACGUUCAACCUAAAACACUAGUUCGGUUCUGUAUGGAAGCUGUUCUCCAGCACAGCGAACGUCUGUGUCCGUACUGGGACUGCCUGCCUAAACACCUCCUGCACAGCCUCAAACAGAGAAUGGCACACGUCAACACACUGGGAUCCUAAGACAAGAGGUAGCAAUCACUUAAAGGAGACUACGUUUGUAUAUAUGGAGGAGAUUUUUGCAGGUAGAGCAUUAGUUGAAUGUGGACAGCUUUAAAAGAUGGGUGCUGACUGGCAAAGCUAAGGCGCACAGGUGAUCCUCACAACACAGAGAGCAGAAGCCCCAUACUAUGUUGGAGUGCGCCUUCAUUGACUGUCUUUUGUUCAAAGAUUUCCAACAGCAGCAUGGAAUUGUCAGCAUUUAUUAACUGUAACUACUGCUAAGAGUGCCUGGUCUUGCUAAAGUCUAGUGUUUAGAACUAGACACUAUGAUAUAAAACAAGUUAUCUUUAAAUAUGGACAAACAAACUUUCAUAUAUUCAACCCCUAAAAUAAAAUCCUUUUAGCAGAGGAACUAUUUCCUCCAGGAGACUAUUUUGCAUUCUCCCCAAUUCUCCACCACAGUAAAACAUGUGGCUGAUUGACGUGUUUGUCUUAACACUAAAUGUGAAGUUGCAAGUCUGUAAGUCUGCUUUAAAAAUUUUUGACUCAGUCUUGCUGCUUGCUAGGUCGAGUAGUUUGGUUGUCGCAGACCUAAAACUAGUGCUUUACGUCACGGCAGACUAUCACGUUUGAAGCUUUUCUUUAUAAUUUGUAUAUACAGUUAAUUUAUUUGUGACAUUGUGGAUCCUACUGAGGCUUUUAAAGCCUUAAAGUUGUCUUGAUUGGCUCUUGUAGCAUUGAGAGUUUUAUUUAAUCCAGAACUUAAAGUACUGCAAGUGUAUUGGAUGCUAAGCCUCGUUGCACUGAAACGUUGGUAGGGCUUUGUUUUUGCCUCGUUUGCACAAUCUUCCCUCUGUUUUUCUUAUGGCGGAAUACUGUACAUUUGUACUCCAAGAAUAAACCAACCACUCAGUGAUCCAUUA